AGCUUACAAAAUUCUCAUUAUCUUUUCUUUGAUACCUGCUGGUCAGUACUUGUCAAAAAUCUCAACAAUCACUUUUGGCAUUCAUUUUGAGCUAUAAUCAAAAACCAUUAAACCAAACCAAACCUAUACUAUGAAGAGAGGCAGAGAAGAAGAGAGUGAUCAACUAGACAUGGCUAAUUGCUUGAUGCUUCUCAACAAAGUUGGUGAAAAUGAAAUCAAAACCAAUCCAUCAAGAGACUUGAACGACCACGGUGCGUAUAAGUGCAAGACAUGCAAUAGGAGGUUUUCUUCUUUUCAAGCUCUCGGAGGCCAUAGAGCGAGCCACAAGAAAACGAAGCUCAUGGUUUCAGACCUUUCGUGCCAUGCUCACAGCAGCAAGUUGCAGAGAUCGACCACGAGGAUGCACCCUUGCCCCAUUUGUGGGCAUGCGUUUGCGAUUGGACAAGCACUCGGGGGUCACAUGAGAAAACAUAGAGUUGCUGCUAUUAAUAAUCAUGCCUUGCCUGUGUUGAAGAAAUCAAGAGAUGCUGAUGAUGAAACGUUGAUGAAUUUGUGUUUGGACUUGAACUUGGCACCCCCCGAUCAGAAUCAUCUUAACCUUAAUUAUAAGCUGAUCAACCUUCACACACCCGCUCUCAAACUCAAUUGUUUCAUUUAAUUUUUUUGUGAUUUUUCAUUUAAUGAGUAGUUUUUCUUUUUUACAGAGUAUCUUUGUAAUUUACUAUGAUAUAGUUACUAUAUAACUUACUUCGCACCAUUGUGCUUCAUAUAUUAUAUUGAAAUUUCUUAGUUCA